UGGGAGAGAGAGAGAAGAGAGCGAGCGACUCUCAGACACAUAAGAGGAAGUAGCUGUAGUAUAGCAAAGAGCUUAUUUAAGUGUUUCUGAUUUAUUUGUUGUGUGUGUUAGGUGAAAAAAGGUGCACCUGACUCCGAUGUAGCGCGCCACGUUUUGCAGUUCGUCGCUGCCACAGUGAUAUACACUCGUCUUUUUAGGGCAGCACAGUGUGAGGGUUUUUUCUUUUCUUUUUUCUUUCAGGAUUUGUGACGCUGCUGACUGAAGAAGCCGGUGUGUAACCCUACCCUCCCACUAUCCUGCCUCGCUGCUCCGCUUCAUUGCUUCUUGUUUUCAGAGGUGUGCGCGUCUAUUGACUGUGUGCGCGGUGUUUUCCCAUUCCUCCCAGAGCAAAUUUCAGCUGCUUGUUUCCUUGUACUGGAUUAAAGCAGACCCCUUUCCCUCACUAGAGGAGGCUAUCUGGAUGGUUUGUUGGGAGAUACCGUGAAGCCUGUUCAAUAACUGGAGUUACUGUGUAUCGAUCGGGAAGUAGCAACUCGGUGAAAAAAACAACCAACCAAUGCGUUUAACUGGAUUUCGGUUUUACAAAUUGUGAACAGCACUUCCUUGCAAGAUUUGCUUCAUUUUCUGCACACACUGCUGUGACUGCCUGACUUGUUUUUGAAAACAGACUUUGUUCCCGUAAAAGCUGUAUUUAUAAUCGGAAUUUUGGAUUAUUUUAAUCGUCUCUUAUUAAGGACACGGCUGUUUAACUGGAAUCUGCAACAUGGGGAUGAAGUGCGAGUAGAAUUGCUCACGCUCACUCACGUUCCUCCUCCUUGAACACCCACCUUGAACAACAAAAGCUGUGGGUUCUUAUAGAUGUGACCAUCAUCUAAAUUAAUCAGGCUCUGUUCUACCCUGCCACAGGGCGGCAUGCCCCAAACGCUGUGUUCUACCAGUAUGUUUACCCCCAGUGGAUUCAGCCCUCUUCUGCAACCUCCUAAAGAAAGUGACCAUGGAGGACUGAUCUUCCAGGAUGGAAACCUCACCUCUGCAUCCCUCGACGCUUUAAUACAACACCUGGUACCCACUACAGAGUACUACCCAGAGAAAGCCUACAUAUUUACAUUCCUUCUGAGCUCCAGACUCUUCAUUGAACCUCAUGAACUGCUCUCCAGAUUGUGCCACAUGUGCAUCGAGCAGCAGAACCUUGACGACCCUGUACUUGAUAAGGCAAAAGUCAGAAAAUUUGGGCCCAAAAUCCUGCAGCUUCUAACGGAGUGGGCGGAGACAUUCCCGUAUGACUUCAGAGAGGAGAAGAUGGUGGCACACGUGAAGGCAAUGAUCCACAGGAUCGCUCCCUGCGAUGAGGCAUACUGGAAAAAGAUGAACCAGCUCCUUCAGAAUCUGAACCAGAAGCUGGCCUCCCUAAACCAAGAGGAGGAGAGCAUUGUUAAAGUUAACGCCUCCAUCUCAGACAAGCUGGUUGCUUACAAGAGUAAACCCCCUCCCAUUCAGAGGGACAUACUGAGCAUCUGCAACGACCCCUACACACUGGCACAACAGCUAACCCACGUGGAGCUGGAACGACUCAGUCACAUCGGCCCUGAAGAGUUUGUCCAAGCCUUUGUAAAUGACGACCACCUGGACAGCACAAGGCCAUGCUUUAGUGAGCAGAAGAAGACCACCAACCUUGAGGCCUAUGUAAAGUGGUUCAACAGACUGUGCUAUCUUGUAGCCACUGAAAUCUGCAUGCCCGCAAAGAAGAAGCAGCGAGCCCAGGUGAUCGAGUUCUUUAUCGACGUGGCUCGGGAGUGCUUCAAUAUCGGCAACUUUAACUCCCUCAUGGCUAUCGUAUCUGGUAUGAAUAUGAGCCCAGUAUCUCGACUGAAAAAAACCUGGACAAAGGUGAAAACUGCUAAAUUCUUCAUUCUGGAGCAUCAAAUGGAUCCAACAGGUAACUUCUACAACUACAGGACAGCCCUGCGAGGGGCAGCUCACCGAUCCCUGACCGCACACAGCAACAGGGAGAAGAUUGUGAUCCCAUUCUUCAGCCUGUUAAUUAAAGAUAUCUACUUUUUGAAUGAAGGUUGUGCAAAUCGCUUGCCGAAUGGGCAUGUCAAUUUUGAGAAAUUCCUGGAGCUGGCCAAGCAGGUGGGAGAGUUCAUGACCUGGAAGCAGGUGGAGUGCCCCUUCGAGCAGGACCGCAGCAUCCUCCAUUACCUGCACACUGCCCCCAUCUUCACAGAGGAUGGUCUUUACUUGGCAUCCUAUGAAAGUGAAAGCCCAGAAAAUCAGGUUGAAAAGGACAGGUGGAAAUCACUUAGAUCCACUAUCCUGGGGAAGACAUGAGUGCAGUACUGCAAAACCUUUGAUAAAAGGGACUCAUUCUUUGCACUAGAGACUGUGAGAGAGCCUAGCUGGGACCUAGGUACUUUAUUAAACCAUGGUGAAAAGGAUUCGUCAGCAGACGUCUGUACUGGAUGCCCUCAACAAAAUACUGCUCUCUUGGGCCAAGUGCUCUUGUGAAGUAUUUAAAAAUGUUGUAGAUGUUUGGACUGUCGUCUCCCAGAGUGAUUUGAGGUAUCAUAAACUGGAUAUCUUUUGGUUGUUGUUGUUGUUGUUGUUGUGUUGUUGUUGAUGUUGAUGAUGAUGAUGAUGAUGAUGACGUUGUUGUUGUUUACAUUCAGCCUCAAUGUUACAGAAUGCCGAAUUUGCAUCAAAGGCAAUUGUUUCUUUUUCCUAAAUGGUUAAAUGUUUUUAAAUGUAGAUAGUAACUUUGAUAACAUGGGCACUGGUUUGCCCAUGCUCAUAUUGGAACAGAACUACUGGAUUCAAGUUGGACUUAAGAUGCAGGAGACGACUACGAGUCAGUGCUUGAAGUGGAAAGAGGAUCUCCAAAUGGGAGAAGAAGACUCUUAAAGACUGAUAUUCAGUUGUAUGUUAUUUCUCUGAGAAUUCUUUGCAGGAAAAUAAAGGUUUUGUCCUUC